AUGACACUUGCUGCAUUCAUUCCAUCAUAUUAUGAGUGCUAUAUAUUCUGGAAUGAUUUCAAGACUUCUAUGUUCACCACGUUAUGUUCAAGUCUUCAACUAUUUCCUCAUAUACAUCUCAAUCCAAACUAUUGUGAACAAAUUACAUUGGUACCUGACUCAAAUCUUGUGAAUUUUGCGCAUGAACAUAUAAAUGAGUUUACGUACAUUCUUAUAGUUCAUGGAAAUGACCGUUGUUAUGAAGAAAUCUUCCGCUCUGUUACCAACCAGUACGGACAAAAUAAAAUUAGACUGCUCGAAAUAGUUGAACCUUACAAUGAACACAUUCAAAAGAUUCUAAUUCAUUUUCAAACAGGUCAAACAACUUAUAAUUUUCACGAUCAACCUGGCAAAGUUGAAUUGAAUAGACAGCAAAAACUUGUGACGUUUUUUCCGUCAGUCAACGUUAUUCACCGAUAUGAUGUGACGAAAGCUUAUUUAACGGAAUGUUUUACCAUAAAACGUCUCGAGAAAUUCGAACCAAAAAGACGAAGCAUUUAUCGUAAAAUUUAUCAUCGUAGAAUAUUGAGAUUCUCUACAAAAUUCUUGAUCACGGGCAAUGAUCGAUUAUUCGUUUAUCUACAAAUACAGCCGUUGAAGCGUUCUUUGAUUUCAUGUAAAGACUUCCAGUACUGUUCACUUUGCCAACAACUGUUCAGAUGUGUCGUUGACUUGCGGCAAUAUCAAGCUCAUACGCAUGGUGACUUAAAGCAUUUUAUUACAACCCGAAAAAAGGCAAUUUUUAUCCAGAGCAGAAAAUUUCAAAGACGAAACUUAUUGAGAAAGACACUUUGCCUAGGUGAGUCGACAAGAAAAGGUCGUCAAUGUCUUUUGUGUUCAAGAAAAUUCUUAAUCAAUCAAACUUGGAAAAAGCAUAUUGAAGUAAAACAUAUUGAAUAUAAUUUAGAUAUCUAUUUCAGGUUAUUUAGUUCUUUAAACAGAGUAUUAACGGCAAGAAAUCAUGAAGCAAUUAUGAAAAUAUCUAUGUCUCAAUAUGGAGAGAAAUUUUCUUGCUGGACAUGUAAGAAGAAGUAUCAAUAUAAUGAAGACCGUAUACGACAUUUCAUUACAUGUCAUUUUUCAUUGUGUACACCUACUGGUAAUAUGUUAACAACUUAUCGAAAUAGUCAGUCCACAUCAUUACUGAACCCUGUGCAUAGCACCGAAGUCUUAAUUAAUACUUCAAGAAAAUCACUGAAAUGUUGGAAAUGCGAAAAAAACCUCAAAUCUGAAAACGGUCGACUAGACCAUUUCGUUCGAAAACAUUCACGAGCUAUUUUAUCAAUUCCUUUUAAUCCAACACGUCGUCUACUACGAAAAAUAGAGAUGGUAGAAAAACAAAUGUUAAUUACUAGUAAACAGGCAACUGUAUCUACAAAAUCAACGUUUUUGACACCUACUGAAUUGUUAGCAUCGUCCUCGCCUAAUGCGGAAACGAGACUAAAUCAAAAGAAAAGUGCUGAAUUGACAUAUAAUCGUAUUGGUAAAACAAUAUAUUGUUCUCAAUGCAAUAAGAAAUUCCAAUCCACUGCUAAAUUUAAAAAGCACUCCAAUGCCAAGCAUUCUCGAGCUCGAAUAUCGAUCGAACAAAUAACUAUAGAUGCACAAAAUUCGUUUGAUGCUAGAUCAGUCACAUCUUCAGCAAUUAACGCACUACCAUUCUCUGUCGUUGAUACGAACUCAACAUUAACAAAUCAAACAAAGAACACAGAGGAAAUACCUAACUCUGUAAGCUUACAGUCUGAAUACCCAAGCUCUUCUGGUACAUUCGAUUCAUCUACUGCUCCAGAUGCGGAUUCUAAAACAAAUGAUAUUCAAUCUAAUUCAUCUUUGAAUUUCAAACUGUCAAGUAUCUUUGUUGAUGCAUCGGUCAUAACGAAAGAUGGUGUAAAGGCUAGAAAGCAUAGAAAUGAAUCUUUUAAAAUGAUUUCUUGUUGGCAAUGUUCGAGAAAAUUCGAAUCCGCUCACAAUUGUUUCGGACAUUUUUUUCGUAAACAUUCUAUGUCCUUUCAAAAGAAAGUUUUGACGCUAUCAACCGAUGGAAGUAAUCCUACACGAAUUAUGCAACAUCAGACGAAUAACAAAAAGGUCCCAUUAUCUUUUAGAAAACAAUCAGUUCAGUCUUCAUACUGCAUGAAAGGAAAGUUUCAAUCUCAUUUAGCAUUUAAACAUACUGAUUUGGCACCAUUUACCGAUAUGAAUGGAUCGAGUUUUCUUAAAAAACAACCGACAUUAGCACAACAACAAAUGAAGACUAAGCAAGAUAAGACUACUUCUAGAAUUACAUCAUUCUAUGAUUCACAAUAUUCCGAGAAAUUCGCCUUGUCGUUUAAUUUCGGUCAACAACAUAAGAGUUUGCCUGAACCAUCGAUCGUACCAAGGAAAGUGAAAGUGCCACCACCUACUCAUCAAGAUUUAGAUUUAACUACCAUGCACUCUACGUCUUUUUCAACAGCCAAUUUAAACUUCAGCAAUAAAAAGUACAUUCAGACAAUAGAAUGUAUGAGCGAUUCUACAACAAUGUUUUCUUGUUGGCAAUGCUCCAAAAAAUUCAAGGCAGUUCACAGUCGUUUUAGUCACUUCAUCAAUCAUUAUACUAUACUUAUUAGCGAUGAUAAUAGCAUCGAUUUUCGGCAUAACAUGCGAGAUAACAGAGCACUUUCGAAUACCAUUCUUAGCAAGCAAUUUUCAUGUUGGUCAUGCAGGAAGAAAUUCGAAUUGGAUCAAGACUUGAUAAUACAUUUCGUUGACAAACAUGCUAAUUUUAUAUUAUCUGUAACUACUAAUCCGAUUGACAUUCUUAAAGACGCAAUAAUUAAAGCGAAGCAACAAAGGAACACUUCCUCUACUGAUGAUGCAUCAUCAAAGAAACUUAGAGAACACACGAUCGCGUCUAGUGAUUUGCAACAGCAUCAGUCAUCUGAUUCAAAGAUGCUCAAAUUAAGUAUUCGUUCAAAAGAUCAAAAUAAUGCUGUGGAAGAUUUGCAACAAUGUUCUAAAAUGUUUUUUUGUUGGAAAUGUCCCAAGAAAUAUAAAUCAGCUUAUGAUCGUUUGUACCACUUUUUGUUCAAUCAUUCUGAAUCCUUCCUUCCUACUAUGACCGAAUCAUUCAAUCGUUUGAAUAACCAUACGUUAUCAUCUCAAAUUUCGACAAAUUCUUUGUCUGAAACACACUAUUGUUGGAACUGUACAAACAAAUUCAGAUCUCCUAGUAGUCGAAUAUCACACUUCAUUGACAAACACGCUAAAACUAUUUUGACCAUAGAUAUUGAUCCAUCAGAUAUUCUAAAGGAUCAAAUUAUCAAGGCACAAGAAAUUAUGAUGAUCAAACAAGAUUCAAUUAUUGAUAUAAAAGCAUCAUACAUCUGUUCUCAUUGCCCGAAAAAAUUUAAAACUAGUGCCGAUCGUUCUCAGCAUUUAAAAAACAAGCAUGCUAGAUCUAUUCUUACUCCUCCAUCAAAACUAUUCAACAAUGUUAAUAACGAAGGAACAAUAUUGCAAGAAACCGUCAAAAUUAUGCAAAACAAGACUUCUUCAGUUGAGAAAUCCUUAAAUAGUGCAAAAUGUUUGAAUCAUUUUAAUAGUGAAUAUGCAGACGUAAUGACAUCAACAAUUGCCCAACCCACAAAUAACAGUAACAAUCGAAAAGAAGUAUUGUACGAACAUACCAAGAGUACGGAGCCAAAACUAAUACAGAUACAUAUAUCGUACUAUUGUCAGCAGUGCCAGAAGAAAUUCACAUGUACCACCGAUCAUUUACAACAUUUUCAAACCGAACAUCCAGAAAUGAAAUCUUCUGACAAAACUUUAGAAGAAUUUUUCGUUAAUCCAAUUAUAAUGCAAUGUUCAAGAGCGAAAUUUACCACCCUAGUUUAUCUAUCGCUAGGAUCGACUAGAAAACAAAUCUCGAUCAAAUGUAAUAGCAAGUUGAAUCAUUGUCCCUAUCAGGCAUGUCAGUCCGGAACAGUUAAUUAUGAUUUUAAAGAUUUUUGGGUGCAUAUAAUUAAAGAACACGACAGUGCACAAAUCAUGUUGGAAUGUUGUGACCCAAAGAUAAUGUAUACUACAGAUGAAUACAAGAAGCACAUUCUACAUCCUGAUUAA